AAAUUUUUGAGCAGGGUGUUCUCUUUUUUUCUAAAACGUUUUUGCUUCUUUGAUUUAUGCCUUAGUUCUUUUUGGAUAAGGUCUCAGUGUGCAGCUUUAGCUGACCUUAACUCUAUGUUGACCAAGGUAUCCUUGACUUUACAGAGAUCUACCUAACUCUCCUUCCUGGAUACUGAGAUUAAAUGUGCACCACCGUGUCACCACUCUCAUUGAUGUGUGAGCUUUAGGUGCAACAGUGACCUUUGCUGGGGUGGAAUUUCUGAAACCUAUUCUAAGAACAUGUUUAAUGACCUGUGGCCUGUAUUUUUAUUGGCUUUGAACCUAGCAUUCAAGUUAUAAUGCUCUUCCCAUUGGCUCUCUGAGGAACGGAAGUCAGAAUUCACCAUCCUGGUCAAGUCUGAAGAAGGAUCAAAACUAUAUACAUAAUCUGCUCUUGACAUCCUGAGGAAGGCGACAGAAAUUUGUAGGCUAUUCUUUCCUUGGUGGUCUACAUGUGAGCAGGGUGAAAGACCUUCUGUCAUUUACAGAUGUGGCCAUUGAUUUCUCUCCAGAGGAGUGUGAAUGUCUGGAGCCUGCUCAGUGGAAUUUGUAUAAGGAAGUGAUGUUGGAGAAUUACAGCAACCUUCUGUUCCUGGGUCUUGCUUUCUCUAAGCCAUACCUGGUCACCUUUCUGGAACAAAGUUCAGAUCCAUGGAGAGUGAGGAGAAAAGCAUCAGCGGCCAUCCAUCUAGGAUCAAAAGCCCACAAAUGUAAAGAAUGUGGGAAAGCCUUUGAUAGGAACUCAGUCCUUAUCCAACAUCAAAGAAUCCAUACUGGAGAGAGACCCUACAAAUGUGAAGAAUGUGGCAUGGCCUUUACUGUUCGCUGCAUUCUUUCUAAGCACCAGCGAAUCCAUACUGGAGAGAAACCCUAUAAAUGUAAAGAAUGUGGCAAAGCUUUCAGCUGUUCUUCUAACCUUCACCAACACCAACAAAUUCACAGGGAAGAGAAACUCUAUAAAUGCGGUGAGUGUGGGAAGGCCUUUAGCUGUUCUUCAUAUCUGCAUAGGCAUCAGCGAAUCCAUACUGGCAUGAAACCCUACAAAUGCAAGGAAUGUGGCAAGGCCUUUAACUGUUCUGCAAACCUUAUUUACCACCAGAGAAUUCAUACUGGAGAGAAACCAUAUAAAUGUGGUGAAUGUGGGAAAGCCUUUACCAUUUACUCAACGUUCAUGAGUCACCAGCGAACACAUAGUGGAGAAAAACCCUAUGAGUGCAAAGACUGUGGGAAAGCCUUCACUAAUUGUUAUAAUCUAAUUCAACACCAAAGAAUUCAUACUGGAGAGAAACCCUAUGCAUGUGAAGAAUGUGGUAAAUCUUUUAACUAUUCUUCCCACCUUAAACAACACAAAAGAAUCCAUACUGGAGAGAAACCAUAUAAAUGUGAAGUGUGUGGCAAAGCUUUUAACUGUUCUGAUUAUCUGGUUAAGCAUCAAAGAAUCCAUACUGGAGAGAAACCCUACAAAUGUGAAGUAUGUGGCAAAGCUUUUAGCUUUUCUACAUAUCUGCAUAAGCAUCAACGAAUCCACACUGGAGAGAAACGCUACAGAUGUGAAGAAUGUGGCCGAGCUUUUACUAAUUAUUCGGGGCUUAUUGUUCACCGAAGAGUUCAUACUGGAGAGAAACCCUACAAAUGCGAAGAAUGUGGCAAGGCCUUUAGUGUUCAUACAUCGCUCUCUAAACAUCAGAGAAUUCAUACUAGAGAGCAACCUUAUAAAUGUGAUGAAUGUGGAAAGAGGUUUAAUGUUCACUCAGCAUUCUCUAAACAUCAGAUAAUGCAUACUAGAGAGAAACCCUACAAAUGCAAACACUGUGACAAGACCUUCAAAUAUCCUUCACCCCUUGUGCAACAUGAAAGAAUUCACACUGGAGAGAGACCCUACAAAUGUGAAGUAUGUGGCAAGGCCUUUACUUCUUCUUCAAAUCUUAAAUAUCAUUGGAGACUUCAUACUGGCGAGAAGCCUUAUAAAUGUGAACAAUGUGGUAAAGCCUUUAAAAAUAGUUCAAAUGUUACUCGACACUACAAAAUUCAUGCUAGAGAAAAUCCAGAUUAAUGCAAACACUUUUGCAAAGCCUUUUGUAAUUGUUCAUUGACAAUUCAGUGCUAAAGAAUUUAUAUAAAAGAAAAACCUUAAAAAUGAAAGGAAUAAGGGAAGACCUUUACUAAUAGUUCAACCCAUAUUCAACAUCCACCACUGCAUACUAGAGAGAUCUUGUAAUGGUGAAGAAGGUGGCCAUGUUGAACAUUCUAUACUUAGUGAGUAUCAAAAUGUUUUA